GGGGGGGGAGGGUGGAGAGGGCUAUUCCCGCCCUGCCAGGGGGAGGGAGUCAUGGGGGACCAGGCCAGCUCCCCGGGAGCCCCCUUCCUGGUGGGGCAGCUGGGGUUCUGAGUGGCCGCUGCCCGUUGCCAGGAGCAGAGAGAGAGGUCACUGUCACCCCAGGCUCCCUGCGGGCACGAGAUGGGAUGGCUGAGCUGGGGAGAUGGGGUGGUCGGAGAGGCCCCUGGAGGCCGGAGAGGGCAGCGGGAGGAGGCCAGGAGCUGAGGAGCCGCCCUAGGAGGGAGGGAGAGGGAGCGGCCUGCCUUCCUGCCUGCUUGCCGGAGAGCUCUGGUGCGCAGAGCUCUGGGGCGGCGCGUGCAGCCGGCAGCAGGCUAUGGGGGCCUGGAGCCCCAAGCUGAGUGGGUAAGAAAAGGGGGGGCAAGAGUGUCCCUGGUGGGGGAGGGGGGCUUGGAAGGAUGGGGCCGUGGCUCCCAUGUUCUUGACUCUCAGCCCCGUCGGUCUGUCCCUGUCCGUCUUACCAUCUGUCCAUCCACCCUCCCCACCUGGCCGGCAGGCAGUUCUGCCCUCUCAGCCCUCACCACCAGGGCAUCCAGAGAAGGGUGGUGCUGGGUCCGCCUUGAGGCCUUUGGGGCAGGGACGUGGAGCUGGCAGGAACGGCACCGUGGGGCAUCCGGGCGGCUGUGGUCGGGGGUAGGGCCAGGGUGACCCAGUAACAGGUCUCUGAGGUUGCAGUGUGGGGGGACAGGGACUGUAGGGACAGAGACGUGGCCUUGGGGAAAAGGACAACGCGGUGGGGAGAGAUGUGCGCCUGGCGGCAGAGGUGGGGCUGUGAGCAUCAAACGUGGGACUGGACCAAAGGUGACCUGGUGAUCGUCAGGAAAGGGCAGUGAGGGCAGGUGGGCCCUGGGGUCAGAAAUGGGUCAGUGGGCAUCGGACGGAGCCAGAGGCCGGGAAUUGGCCGUGGUGUAAAAACGGGAGGUGGGUGCCAGCGGUGGAUCUGUGGGGCCCAGAGGUGGGGACACGGACCCGGAGGAAGGCUGGAGCCGGAGGAACCGGGGUGGACAGAGCAGGCGGGGAGCAAGAGACGGGCUGAUGGGGCAGAGGAGGAGAAAGGGUCGGGAAUGGAGCAGUCGUGGUCACCUGGAGUUGCCACGGGCAGCGGGUCGACGGGACAAUGCCAGUGGCCUCAAAUGGGUCCCGACGAUCUGAGGUGGAGCCACCCGCUAGGCUCAGCUUGACGACGGCCGUUGCGCUCCUGGCCGGCCUCACCGUGCCCUCCUCUCCUCUCCCCAGCCCCACCCCCGGCACCUGACAUGAGUCUCUGCGGGCCCCUCAACCUGAGCCUGGCAGGCGAGGCGACCAUGUGUGCGGAGCCCGGGGCCCCCAACGCGUCGGCCGGGCCGCCGGCCGGACGGGCGGGCGCCUCGCCGGCGCUGCCCAUCUUCUCCAUGACGCUGGGCGCCGUGUCCAACGUGCUGGCGCUGGCGCUGCUGGCGCAGGCCGCGGGCCGCCUGCGGCGCCGCCGCUCGGCUGCCACCUUCCUGCUGUUCGUCGCCAGCCUUCUGGCCACCGACCUGGCGGGCCACGUCAUCCCCGGAGCCCUGGUGCUGCGCCUGUACGCGGCGGGCCGCUCGCCGGCCGGCGGCGCCUGCCACUUCCUGGGCGGCUGCAUGGUGUUCUUCGGCCUGUGCCCGCUGCUGCUGGGCUGCGGCAUGGCCGUGGAGCGCUGCGUGGGCGUCACGCGGCCGCUACUGCACGCGGCGCGCGUCUCGGCGGCCCGCGCGCGCCUGGCGCUGGCCGCGCUGGCCGCCGUGGCUUUGGCGGUGGCGCUGCUGCCGCUGGCGCGAGUGGGCCGCUACGAGCUGCAGUACCCGGGCACGUGGUGCUUCAUCGGCCUGGGCCCGGCGGGCGGCUGGCGCCAGGCGCUGCUCCCCGGCCUCUUCGCCGGCCUCGGUCUGGCCGCUCUGCUCGCGGCGCUCGUGUGCAACACGCUCAGCGGCCUGGCCUUGCUGCGCGCCCGCUGGCGCCGCCGCUCUCGACGGCGUCCUCCGGCGAGUGGCCCCGACAGCCGCCGUCGCUGGGGGGCGCGCGCGCCCCGCUCGGCCUCCGCCUCGUCCGCCUCGUCCGUAGCUUCGGCCGCCGGCGGCUCCCCGGGCCGCGGCUCAGCGCGCAGAGCCCGCGCUCACGAUGUGGAGAUGGUGGGCCAGCUCGUGGGCAUCAUGGCGGUGUCGUGCAUCUGCUGGAGCCCGCUGCUGGUGAGGGGCGCACACGCCCCUCCGGCCGGGCUCCUUCCUGCCCCCCCCCCAUCCCUCCCACUCUUUUCCAUCCUAGGAUCCCUGGGUUCUCUCUGCGUCCUCCAACCGCGGUCCCACCCCCUCGAGGCUCCACGUGCCACGCAGCCCGCCCUUUGGUCCCUCCCUCUCAUCUCCCACCCCUCCACCCAGUCCCCUGGUCUUUCUCCUGCCUGGAGUCUUUGCAGUUCACCCUACCCACUCGAGCCUCCUCCCCAGCCCCCUUCCGUCACCACGCCGCCCCGUUUCUCUCCCCCUUCGGUCCCCUGUCUUUCGGGAUACCUGGGACUUCUCUCCUUUUUUUGCUCGAGCCGCCACUCGCUGAAGGCCUUUGCUUCCGCCACACCUUCUCCCUCCUUCCGGAGCUCCUUCCCACCAGGACUCCCAUUUACCCUCCCGGUGUUAGUGGUGCUGGCUGUCGGGGGCUGGGGCUCCGGCUCCCUGCAGCGGCCGCUGUUUUUGGCUGUGCGCCUCGCUUCGUGGAACCAGAUCCUGGACCCCUGGGUGUACAUCCUGCUGCGCCAGGCCGUGCUGCGCCAACUGCUUCGCCUCCUGCCCCCGAGGGCCGGCGCCAAGGGCAGCCCUGCGGGGCUGGGCCUAACCAAGAGCGCCUGGGAGGCCAGCUCGCUGCGCAGCUCCAGGCACAGUAGCCUCAGCCACCUCUAGGCGCGCCAACAGCCCCAGCGGCUGAGUCAGACCAUCCCGGGCCGGGCCCAGGUGGGUCCGCAGCGCUGAGCCCUCGGGGGAAUAAAGCCAUGUUGCGGACAUGCGCAGGGCAUGUGUCCGGUCGGGGCUGCAGCGCCCCUGUGACCGCGCGGGGGUGACAGAGGCGCCGCAUGAACCUUCGGGGUGUGCAGUUCUGGGACUUGCCAGGCAGAGGCGCAGACACGCCAGACGCGGAGUUAGAGCUGCCGGAGCAUGCGCAGAAAGCCACGGCCGCAGCCCGAGGGCCCGGGCUCCCGUCUGGAGCAGAGCGGCUGGCCGACCCAGAGCCGCCAGGGGCGCUUUUUGUCCCGCCACCGCCCGGACUGACCCCAGCAACAAUUCUCUCAUUGUGACCCUGAGCUCCCCCAACACAUCCUCAAGGCCCUACCCCCAAUCCACGCCCCAUCAGGGCCUCCAAACUCCAAAGUCCCUAAACACAGCUCCGAGCCAUGUCUGUCCCAUCCCGGCCAACGCACGAUCCCCACUAUAAUAGCCCAGAGUCCCCACCUUCCCUUAACCCUCAUCAAGCGAGCCCCAUGCAAACUCAGGGCAUCUCCCCGUCACUCUUUAUGCCCCUGGCCACCCAUCGGAUCUGCCCCCCACAACUCUCCCCGCUUCCAAGCACACCCCUCUCCCCCACCCCCGCCCCAUGCCAACAUUACUGCACACAUUAGGAGCCAGAGGAUGCGUGGGUGGGGCAAACCCCAAAGGCCUUUUUAAAAACUACUAAGAGCUUGGUCAGGGCAGGGGCAGGGGCAGGGGAGAGGGCUAGCAGCCCCCGGCCACGAAGUCGAAGUCCCGGAAGGCUGCCUGCUCAGUGGCCGUGAGGGGCCGCGCGUCGCGGGGCGGGCUCAGCGUGGGGGCCUCCCCUGUGAAUUCCUCAUCGAAGUUGCUGACAUCCGUGCGGCCUGACAGCGUGGGCACGAAGGGAGGUGGCAAGCGCCGGGCCAGCAGAGUGUCCCAGCCCAGUGUCUGCAGGGGCGGAGGAGAGACAGAAGUCAGCAGGAGAGGCUGGGGAGCAGACUGCCCGAGCGACCAGCUCCUGUGCCCUGACCAGCCCUGCAUCUGGGGGAUUGACAUAAGGAGUCAUAAGAUAGAGGGAUGAAAUGUGAUCCUUACUGGCAGCCCAAUAAGGAUCACAGUGUGAGCAUGGGGAGCCUGGGGGUGGGGGAGAGGAAGCCUGGGUUCACGCAGAUGUGCGUGUAGGAGGGUCAGCAGGAGUGAGGGGGGGGGACGGAGGUGACAAUGUUGGAGGUGAAGUGACUAGGUCUUAGUAGGGGAGAAAUGACUAGGCCCUGGGGGACGGGGUGACCAGGUUGACCAGGUCUCUGGUGGGGGGAGGGUUGGCCAGGCACUUGGGGGGACCUUACCCGAAAGAAGGGCUGCUUCUUCACAUCCUCUGCGUCCCUCUCGCUGGACCCCAACCUCCGCUCUGGAUUCCUCCGCAGCAGCUGGGGGGAGGAGAGGUGUCAGUCCUCCCCAUCCCGGCCCCAGAGCCCCUCCCGAGGCCCAAGUCGGGGGCUCCUCACCCUGCGCAUGAUGCCAAUGGCUUCGGCAGACAGGAAGCGUGGGUAGCGAACCUCAUCAUUGACUAUGCUGUCAAAUACCUCCUCCUCGUCGUCCCCUGGGAACGGGGACUGGGGACAGGAAGAGCCAGGGUGAAUUAGGCCCCUCCUCUGGCCACUCCCCUCCCAGCCCCACCUGAGCCAUCUACUCCCAGCUACUUCUGGGGGCUGACUGAUGUGGGAAGGUAAGUACCCCAUUUUAGAGACGCAGAAAUUGAGGCUAGGGAGGCAAAGCCAGCUGCCCCCAUCACACAGCACAUGGAGGCACAGUAUGAUUCCCCACCGGCCCUCCCCUGCUCCCCCCUCCCCCUCUCCCCCUCUCCUCCCUUUUCCCCAUUCCCCCCUCCUCCCCCCCCUCCCCCAGGCUUAAGCAGUUCCCAGUGUGAUCCCAGGGUCAGGCAGGGUGGGAGCAGCCUGGGGCCUCACCUCUCCAACCAGCAUCUCGUAGAGCAGCACACCCAGCCCCCACCAGUCCACGGCCCUCGUGUAAGAUGUGUCUGUCAGCACCUCAGGUGCCAGGAACUCCGGGGUCCCACAAAAUGUGCUGGUCCGGUCCCCAUAGCCCAUCCCUGGGGGCAGUAGGGCCACGUGAGGUUUCGGGCGGGGAUCCCAGCUACGGGUGGGGGUCCCAGCUAUGGGUGGGGAUCCCAGCAGUAGCACAGCCCAGCCCAGCAUGGGGUGGCCUAGCCAGUCAGCCCCACCCCAGCGUUAGGGUUGGGGGCGGCCCAGGUGGGGUUGGGGACUCCAUUCCCUCCCCACUCUAUCUAAUCCCCAAAGGCCAGCCCUUCACAUCCCAGCCCCGCCCCUCACCCUCCUUGCAGAGGCCAAAGUCUGCGAUCUUGACAUAGCCCUCGGUGUCCAGGAGCAAAUUGUCCAACUUCAGGUCCCUGUGAUGGGUUGGGGGAUGUAAAGAGGGAUGAGUGGGGGUCUGGGCCCUGACUGAAGCCUGAGGGCCCCCCGCGGGCACAGCGUGUGUACAGGCGCACAUGCACACAUGGGCACACACCUGUAGACGAUCUUGUGUUCGUGCAGGAACUGCAGCCCCAGCACCACACAGGCCGAAUAAAAGCUGCAGAGAGAAGCUCGUGUGACGGGGCCAGGCCUCCCGGCAAGGAAGGCAGGCCACAGAAACCCGGCUCUCACGUCCCCCAAAGCCCCCCAGCUCCCCAGAACUCCAGGAGGUUGGGGGAAGAAGGCAGGGGCCAAAGGGUGGAGGGUAGGAAGAGGGCCGCCACAGCCUCUCCGGGGGCGGGGCGGGGGCGGGGGGCUCACACAGCGCGGGGCUCAGAGAACACGUCACUGUGGAUGUGCAGCAUCAGAUCCCCGCCGGCUGAGUACUCCAUCACGAAGCACACGUGCUCUGGCGUCUGGAAACAGCCGAACAGGUUCACCAGGAAGGGAUGUGCUGCUCUGGUCACCGCCGCCAAGAUCCGCUUCUCGCACAUCAGGCUGGGCAGGGUUGCAGGCAGGGGUCAGAGACCACAGCAGCCCCCCACCCCCAAGCCCCACACUCCCCGGAGUCCUCAGCCAUCACCUAUUUGCUGGGGGCCUCGAAUGGCUGUGCAGCCUGAGGCAAGUUGCUUAAUAUUUCUGAACCUCAGCGGCUAAACAAGCACCCAGAAUCCAUCUAUCAUCCUAGUAACAGCGCCCCCCGCCCCCGCCCCGCCAGACAUCCCUUUAGGGAACGGCCAGGGUGGGCUAAUUGGAGCACCCCAUUUUCCUGGCCAGGAAUUGGUUUGGGAAUGGUCGAGCCAAGCUAGUGGGGCUCAACCUCAGGAUUUCUGCUGGAUUUAUUAAGGAAGAAGGGCUAAAACUGGUAGAUGAACCUUAAAUUGCUGUGGUAGGGGGCUCUCUCUGCCCCCAGUGAAAUGACUGCAAGCAAAGCCCACAAAGAAGAAAGAGGACAGCGAGACGUCAUCUGAGCAACUGGAUACAGCCAUGCCUGAAGGCAACACACCCCUACACUUUUCUGAUCCAGAGCAAUAAAUUCCUCUUUUGCUUAA